AUGCCGAAAGCACGAACAACGUGUACGCGCUGCUCCAUGCGAAGACAGAAGUGCGAUAGGAAGCAGCCUUGCUCGAGAUGUGUACAAUCAAACGAGGCCGACAGCUGCACACGAUCCUGGGAUGGCGGGUAUGAUGCUCGCAUCCAUCGAGCUUACCCCAAGAGCACUCUUCCCAAUGGCAGUCUUGCAGCAUCCCACUCACCCACGGCUCGGUCCUCCAGCCCCGUGACAGCUCGAGAACAUCGCACUAUCCCUGGCACUCCGACCAGCCCGUUAAAUCGACAGGCUUCAAGACCGCACGGAACUAUCGCCGAUAACAGCAUCAAUGUCUCUGUCCUCACAGGCAUUCAUACAGAAGCGACUGCAGACGAAGAUGUCCGCAACUUCGACCACUACGCACGAUUCCGUCACAAUGAGAUGUCUUAUCUUCAGGGCUGUCUUCCAAAUCACCUUUUACUCUUCCAGCUGAUGGAGUAUCACGAAAAGUACUUACUUUGGCAUCACAAUAGUCUUCAUGGGCCGACGUUCCAGAAAGAAGUUCUGAGCGUACUCCACUCUGCAGGCAACGGCAACAUCCAGUUCAAAGACUUGGACCUUCGAUGGUGUGCGCUUCUGUUUGCAGUCCUGUCCGCAAGUCUUACUUGCGCUACAGAGAAGCAGGCGAAGAAGUGGAACUUGAGCACCGAAGAGAAGCAGCAUUACAGCAAAAAGUGGCAUGAGGCUGCCACGGAAUGCCUCGUUUUGGGAGAGUUUGCUUCGAAGCCACACAUCUACUCGAUUCAGACGAUUCAGAUACUUGCACUAUCGGCUCUCAUUCUUGGCCUUUCCAACCAGCAAUUUAUGAUGCUUGGAGCAGCUGUGCGGAUGGCACAGAGCUUGGGAUUGCAGAGGCUAACCUAUGAUGGAAAAGACAGUACAAGUGAAGACACUCGGAUUCAUAGAGAGACUUGCAGAAGAGUGUGGUGGAACCUGGCCAUGCAAGAUUGGUUCUCAAUCUCGUCUUACGACAUGUCCAGCAUCCAUCCUCAGCACUUCACCAGCCCACGACCUCGGAGCCACCAUGACGCCGGUGCAGAAUCGUCCGAAGAUGAAGCAUUGAUACACUACACCAAUCACGUCCUCGAUGUUGCCGUGGUUAUGGUGGAGUUUCAUAUGGCAACCGUCGCAUGCACUGACGUCGACGCCAGAUAUGAGCAAGUCUUGAAACAUGAUGCUAGGCUCAGACGAAUAGACUCACGAGAGGUCCACCCCGAUUCUGCACACAUCCCCUGGCUCGCCUGGGCGAAGAGCGUUUCUCGCGUCGUCCUCGCCCACAAGAUGAUUAUCCUCCACAGACGCUUCUUGGGAGCUAGCUUUCGAAACGCAGCAUAUGCCUACACUCGCUGGGCGUCCAUCGAAGCCUCGAAGCUGAUUGUUCGAGAAGUCGAGCAAUCUUUUGCUGAUCCUGAACGACCCAGCGUUUGGAACGAUCAAGCUCAUCUCACAGGAGCUGGUGUUACUUUGUGCCUUGAUGCCAUGCACCGACAAGAAUCAGAGCCGGAACAUGCAGAGCAUCUUCGACUGGUUGAUAAGGUCAUGUCCAUGCUCGCCGGGUGCAAACACAGUGUACUGGCAUCCCGUGGACACCGUUUGUUAUCAUCCAUGCUCAAGGAAGUAAGGAAAGACACGAAGGAGGACGGGGGGUCAGACAUCAGACGAAAUCGCCCACAAUCGAGUAAUGAAACAGAGAGUAUGUCAUGGCCAAUUGAGAAUCGCGAGACGAUUGACGCUAUGCGGACAAGCAACGCAGUCAACGAGGUCGAUGCAGGAGGUCAAGUCGGACAUCCAACACCCGUUUCCCAAAGAGACAUACAAUCACCAGCCCAUCGUCAGAACGCUGUCAAUCAUCAGACAAACACUAUUGAAGCUGGAGACGCACCGGCCAUGCCAAGCGAAGAUACCAGGACGUAUGGCUUUGAUCUAUUACCUGCGACUGCAGCUGACGAGGUCCUGAACGAUGCAUCCUGGACCGAGAUGCUCUCUGAGUUCUUCCCGGAUCAAUUGGGCUUUGGAAAUGCCCUGGACUUUGACGAUUUGUUCAGCAGCCAGUACCAGACGUAG